CAUAGGCGAAGAAUAAUAUUGCUAAAUAUUUCGUAUUUCAAGCCCGAAUUUCAAACGAUACCUGAGUGGAACAGUUUAGAUUUGUCCGACAAGCGACGCGCACGCAGCGACGGAGUGUAACAAAAGCGCGACGGUGGCAUUUGUGUGGAGUCGAGUUAAGUGGUGGCAGAAAAUUGGUGAAAUUAACCAAAUUGCAGUGAAAGAAUUGAAUAUAAAUAAUCAUAAUGAAUGCAAUUAACAAGUGAAAAGUAAUUGAAAUACGUGUAAGUAAUUGAGUCGAAGUUUAGCAAAAGUGUUUUCAAAUCCAGUUGAAUUCAUACACAUAGUUUUCUACAAGAAAAAUUCAGAAAUCGGUGAGAAAAACGAAGGAGUGGAUGAAAAGUGUACGCAAAACAAGAAUUUUUGUGUACUCCACGAGCGAGCGCGAGUACGAAGCAGCGGCGAAGAAGAUUGCCGUCGAGCCGUCACUGAAAAUCAAAGUGGAAAGCAAAACGGGCGAAAAAUAGUAAAGUAGCAAGGAAAAAGUCCUUAAACGAAACGAGGAAAAUUUGUAUUUUCUGUGAGAGAUAACUUCCAAAGUAUAAAAGUUACGUUUUCGUUUGUGUUUAUAUAUCUGUAUAGGUGAUUGUGAAAAUUUUGAAAAGUGAAAAGUGAAGAGUGCAUGCAAAUAUUUAUCCCUUUUGCAACGUUGGAAUGCGCAUUUGUGGCAGCAAAUAUAUCGCAAAGGUUUGUGCAAUGUAUGGUGUUUAAGUGUUGUUGAAAAAGCCCGUGGCAGUCGUGAGUCGUGUACAUAUUAACACGGCUGGAAAGUUUUGGCAUUAAAAUAGCAAUUUUCAAAAUAAAAUUCAAUAUUAAUAGUUUGUGCAAUACAAACGGUGUAACGAGAAGUUUGUAUCUUUUGGUUUUUCAUGUCUCGACUGCUUUAAUUUAGCUACAUUCAAAGUGUAUCUGUGUGUGAGUGUUGUGUUGUGUGCGUGCACGGAUUAUUGGAUUAUUACCUGUUUCGCUUCUUCUGCGAGCGCUGUCGACUGCGGCAGCGCCGUCAACGUAGACGACGACCGACGACGUUCAGCACAGCGACCUGACAUUUUUUCGGCUUUGCUUUAUGGAUUAUUCGUUGUUGGUUGCAGUCGCCGCUUUAUAACUCUGAUUUGUCCGCAACGUAAGCAGCAAGAGUAUCAGCAUCGCCAUCGCCAACUCCAUCAGCAUUAACGGUGCAGCAGAGGCAACUAAUGACCGCAUUGCCACAUUAAAUGCAAUUUCGCGGCAUUACUUUUUAACGAUACGACACGGCCAAACUGAGGGAACAAAGUUACACAACAACAACAACACAAUUGCACAUACAUACUGCUGACACUUGGCAAACGCAAUACGAAGACGGACUCCAGCGUAUUGCAGUGCUUUGGAAUGUUGCAGCAACGACAGCCGCUCACAAUAUUUGCCGUUUUUUGUGGCGGCUGCUGCCGUUGCUGCCAGUGACAAACAAGGCGACGUGCAACCGACGCGAAAAGUGCAGACACAACUGCUUACACUCGAAAUUGUUUUAGUUUUUUCACCACCCGCUUUUGCGUGUGUGCACCGUAUUGCUUGCAACAGCAGACGCGACGCGGCGCGACGCCGGAAGGCAGCAAGCAGCGUGCACGAGUGUCGCUUUAUCAGCGUGAAUAAAUUUCGUAAGAAAUUUUUAUCAACGUGAUAGCAGCAAUAAAAGCGAAAUAGUGUGCAGCAGCAGAAGUGGCAACUGAAAAGUGUGGCAGGCAAAGAAAUCGAUUCGAUACGUGUUGCCAAAAAGCGAAGUGCCAUUGAGCUGAGUGUGCAGCGUGGCAAGGCGUUGAUAAAUAGACAUGAAAAUAAAAAAUAACACAAAGACAAAUUCCAGCGGCAGCUGUACAGUUAAAUAUGCAUGUGGAACAUUGUAAAUAAAAAACAAAAACAAAACUGAAAGUAAAGUGAUAAAAAAAUACAAAAAAACGUAAAAAAAAAAUUAAAGAAAAUAUACAAACAUAAAUAAAAAGUUAAACGUGUAUGCAAGUUGCCAGUAAACUAAAGUAAAUAACAACAACAACAAAUAAGCAGCAAAUUGAAAACAUCUAAUACACCGAGUGCAACCGACCUGAGUGAUUGUGCUGCCCUGCAAAUGCGUUAAUAAACGACGAUUUGUUUAACAUUUGUAGUCGGCGAUAUUAGACUGUCUGUGUGCGCAGUGCAUGCUUAUUGACAAUCGUAGCGCAGACAGGACGGACGGCAGUCAGUCGAGUUGUCAGCGUGCGUUCGAUAGACACUUACAAGGCGUCCGGCAGUGUCACACACGCACACGCAGCCGAGCGAGGAGUCGCAAUUUCGCAGUCGAACACGCGCUUAGUCGGAGCGAAGAGUUAGACAGACAGUCAGUCAGUCUGAUAAAGUGCAGACAAUCAAGCUUUUAGUGCAGCACAGACGUCACACUUACAGUUAGACAAGCAGGCAGUCCCUGACAGUCAGUCUGUCAGUCAGCUGGUGCGCCAGUUGAGUUUGUCACACAUUGAAGGCACAUUGGAGCGACGUUCCCAGCAUUGACAGCAGACAGCGCGCAACAACAACAACACGCCUAGCGCUCAGUGAAUUUGUAAACAAGUAAUAAAUUUCUAUCUAAACUGUCGAGACAACUGAGCAGUGAGUGAAAGAUACAAAACGCAAGCGCGCGCAUCAAACCCAACGCAGCGGUAAAUUGACAGCUUUACGAGUAGGAGGAGUCGCGCACAAAGCGAAACAGUACACUUUGUUGCAAGUAGAUCAAGAGCGCGUUGUUGUUGUUUGUUUACAAAGCGAAGCGGCCAGCCUACAAGCAGUUGGAGCAGUUCGAGUGUGUAAAAACAAAAGCCACCGACUCGAUACGAGCGCGUAACCAGCGACGCAACGAGUAGACGCGCAAGCAUUUCGACGCACACUGCCACGCCCAUAUACGCCAACCCACCGAGUUUAAUAACAACAUAACAGUAGGUUGGCCUCGGCAAUACGGCAAUACCACCCGCUGUUCCAGAGCGCGUACGCGAGUUGUUAGCCGAGCGCGCCGUGUGGUGCGACGCCUUCCAGCGCAAGCAGCGCAACGCAGCGCAGCUCAGCAGAGAUCAAAUGUAAAUGAACAGUGAAAAUAUAUUGAAAAAUAUGCAAAAUAUUUUUAGUAAAAACAAAUAAAAUUCAAUAAAGCUUGCGCGCUGCAAACGAUGACUUGCUCUCAAAAUUUUACUCAACAGCACAACAACAAAAACAACAGCAAUACAAAGAAAAGCCAGCUAAAAAAGCAUACAAGAAAUACGCUUGUGGACGCCGCAGAGCGAACUCAGCAGCAUCUACAGCAACAACAACAACACAAGAGCGCGCUUGUUGUUGUCUCCACGCCAGAGCCACAUAAAUUCAAUGGAAAAUGAUGUGCUACGCCAGCAUCAGCAGCAGCAGCGGCAGCAAGAGCAACAACAACAACAAGUGUAACAACAAAUACAUUUGCGAAAGCGCACACAGCAUUGGCAGCGACGUCGACUGCAACUGCAGUUGGCUAACCGCAGCCAGCACGACGAUCAGCGCGCAUGGUGCGGCGUCGUCCGCAUUGGCGUCCAAGCAGCGCAGCAGCAGCAGCUAUAAGAAGUAUCGCAGAGCGAAAGCGCUCAACGACGUGCAAAGCAGCAGCGACUCGGGCUCCAGUAAAAACAGCAACAAAGAUGACACACAGCGAUUAGAAGACCAUUGCGGCAGCAGCCGCAGUAGUAAUUCAGUUACGUCAUUAACGCCCGCAUCCGCACCCACAACGGCGACAGCGUCCAAAGCAUGCAGUUCCACACUACACCGACGACGGCGACGCCACGAUGCUGCGUUGAGCGCUUACUGCAGUGCGGCGGCCUCAAGCUCGUCCGUUGCUGUGGCGUUGACCGCCGGUUUGAGCAUUUGUCGCGCCUUCAGCUUAACGAUAUGCAUGCUGCUGUUGCUGCGAGCAGCGCCCAGUGUGCGUGGCAUUGCUGUCGGUGUGGACACGGCCAAUGCCAACAUCACGGAUUUGGGUAGUCCCGGUGGGUAUUCUACAAUGAUUAGACUAUUUGUAGUGUAGUUUAAUUAUAUACACAUAUCUUAUAGUAGUCCUUAGGUAUUUUAUAAAGCCAAGAAAUCGUACAAAACUUGCUGCUGCUGCCAACCAUACAUUUUCCUUCUUCUCCUAAAUUAUAAGUUUUUUGGGUCUGCCCUCCAUAACACUAUCAACCAGAAGAAAAUAUCGGAGUCCCUAUAAUGUAUAUGUAUACAUAUUACAAAUCAUCAGCGUGACGAGCUCAGUUGAUUUAGCCAUUUCCAUCUGUCUAACUGUCUGUCCGUCUGUCUGUCUGUAUACACGGGCACUGGUCCCACAGUUUUCGAGAUAUCGAUCUGAAAUUUUACAUACGUUCUUUUCACCCUAAGAAGCUGCUCAUUUGUCGGAACCGCCGAUAUCGGUACACUAUAGCAUAUAGCUGUCAUACAAACUGAACGAUCAAAAUUUAGUUCUUGUAUGGGAAACUUUUUUAUUUGGCAAGAUAUCUUCUGGAAAUUUGAUGUGGUUUAUUGUCAAAGGCACUGCUACCAUCUCCGAACAAAUUGUUCAGUUCGGACCACUUAACCUUAUAGCUGUCAUACAAGCCCACCUAUCAAAAUUUAGUUCUUAUAUGGGAAACUUGUUUAUUUGUCAAUUUAUGUCCACGAAAUUUGGCACAGAUUAUUGUCCAAAGCAACGCUACAAACUCCGCUACAAAUUUUUGGAUCGGAUCACUAUAGCAUAUAGUUGCUAUACAAGCUGACCCAUCGAACUCAAGUCCCUGUAUGAAAAACUUGUUUAUUUGUCCAAAUAUCUUUACUAAACUUGACAUAGAUUGUUAUCCUAAGCAAUGCUACAGUCCCAGAAAAUUUUGUUUAAAUCAUACCACUAUAGCAUAUAGCUGCCAUACAAACUGACCGAUCGAACUCAAGUCCUUAUAUGGAAAAAUUUUGUAUUUGAUGAGAUAUCUUCAUGAAAUUUGGCAUGGCUUAUUAUCCAAGGCAGUGGUACAAUUUCCAAGGAAAUUAUUCAAAUCGGAUCACUAUAGCAUAUAGCUGCCAUACAAACUGAAUGAUCAAAAUUAAGUUCUUGUGUGGAAUCUUUUGUAUUUUGUAUAGCUUCGUUGCAGAAAAGUUAAUAAUUUUUAAUAUAUUAUUAUGAAAACGUCUAAAAUUUCUACAUUAGUUGAGAACUGGACUCUUUAUAAAGUCGAAUAUGCACGAUGACCUGUAAGCCGACGCCACGUUGACCGCUUUUGUGGCUUGGUUUUCGUUACCAAAAAAUGCUGAAAUUAUUCCUUUAAUUGCUUCAACUGUUUAAACAUCUCAGCUUGCUAGUUUGGUUUUUUAUGUAAUAUAAUAUAUACCACCUCAACAUUGCCCCGGUUGAUAUACUACAUCUUGAGGCACAAUUUCCUGUUCAGCAAUCAUUCAUUUACGCCAACAGCGGCCCCGAAAGUGGGGUAACCACGUGAAUGCCUGCACCAUACAAGUGCAGAGACAUACAUUCUUUUGUAUACUUGUAUAUGUACAUAUGUAUGUAUUUGGCUAUUUGGUAUAUGCUUGUAUGUGUGUGUGUCACACGCGUAUAAACGCCGUCAAAGUUCAGUGGCCAAUUCACUUAUGCGCUGCCGGGAAUCAUUGUCGCACCGUUUGUCAUCAUGUCCUUUACCCAACGCACACACAUACAUAUAUAUACUUACCUAUAUUAUCACUAUAUCACUAUGUGUGUGUGUGUCGCAAGUGCCUGAACUUUAAUAGUUUUUGUUGCGUCGACACUUGGCAUUUUCAUUUUCAUUUCAAUUUAUUUUCCUACUUCUUUGCGUUGCUGCCAUUCGCAUUGAUUUCUUGUUGUUUUCACAGUUUUUUUUUUUACCUUUUUUCUCAAUCUUUUUUCGCUUUUGUCGUUGUACACCUGCAUUUUUAGCGCGCCCCUGUCACACUACCGCAUUUUAUACCAUUUCCUUUGCCGCAGCAAGCACCCGCAACCGACUUCUCAGCGUUACCUCAAAGCAAUAGCGCCACCAUCACCAGCAGCGGCAGCAGCAACCCGGUCCCAUUCAGCCAAACAGUGCCUCUAAGCAUCAAUUAACCCAAUUUUCAAAUCCAUUUGCACUGCUACGCCGCAAAAUUGCAGUUGGUCGGAGCGUUGAAGUGGCGUAGUGACUACCGUUGCCUGCCACCCGUGCUGGCGCUCACCUUUUAGUAGCCCUAGGAUGUGCCACCAACAACUACUGCGCCGCACGGCCACUUCAUUUUCUCUUAACACCAGGGCGGCGACCCCGCCACCGCACAACCAAACGCUUCCGUCAUAACCAUAUAUAACGGAUGUGUAUUAGGGUGGGUCAAAAAAAAUCUAAAAUUUUUUUCGUUCGGUACUCGGUGCUUAGACACCUCUAAGCAAGGCAUGACAUAAAAAGCCUUUUUUGUUAAGCAGUAAAUUUCCGAAAAAACUUUCAUGAUAUUUUUUUUGUCAAGAAAACUAUCGUGAUAUUUUUGUUCACUGAAUUAAAAAUUCAGAAGAAAAAAUAUUUGGGUCAUAAAAUCAUAAAUGUGUAUACUAGUUUAAAAAAAUUGUUGUUGGAGUGCAUACUAAAAUAAGUUUACGCAAAUACAACUCUGAACGCUAUGUUUUCAGAUCGUUAUAACUCAUAACUUCAUGAGACUAUGUGAAACCCUAUAUGUUUUAAAAUAAUCAAAAUUCAGCAAAACUAUCAUGAUAUUUUUUUUUCAAGAAAACUAUCGUGAUAUUUUUUUUCACUGACUUAAGAAAUUCAUCAGAAAACAAUGUGCCUUAAAAUAAACAAAAUUCAACAAAACUAUCAUGAUACUUUUUUCUGCAAAACUAUCACGACAUUUUUUUCUGAGUUAAAAAAUUCAUAAGAAAACAUGCCUUAAAAUAGUCAAACUAUUUUUCAGAGUACCAAGCGAAAAAAAAUUUUUUCCCACCCACCCUAAUGUGCUUGCUUUAAAAUGUAUACAUAUAUAUUUGUAUUGAGUUAGCGCAGCUCAGUGCUAAAUUCCCAGUGGCGCUACACGUAUGUGUCUGUGUGUGCAGCGUGUAGGCCCAACCAAGCCAACACCACCCACUGGCACGCUUUAACUACAUACACAUACACACACAUAUAUAAUUGUGGGUAUAUGAUUCAAGUGCGCCGCUAGUUGGUGACGUUUACCAAUGGUGGCAGCAGCAGCAGCAGCAGCUUUGCCAGUUGUUGGCCAUUUUCCGCCAAUUCUCUGUACGAUUUCCACGCUUUUCUAUUUUUAUUCUUACAUACAUACUUAUAUACAUACAUAUGUCUUUAUAUAUAGUAUAUACACUAUUAGUUUUACGUUUUUAUGUUAGUAUGUGUGUGCCUUUCAUGCUACACGUUUCUGCCCCCAGCGGAGUAUUUAAGUCUAUUUGCAGAGUUGUUGUUGCUGUCGUCAACGUUGUUGAUUUGGUUUGGUUCGAAUUGGAUUGGAUUGCCGGUGGAUUGGUUUAGAUUGGAUUGUACUGGAUGUGCGGCGCCUGCACCUGCCUAAUAUAAUUUCUUUUUUUCUUAAUUAAAAUCUAAUUCCCGUUACUUUGUAGCAUUUAAAGCAUUUCAAUUUCAGCAAUAACAAUAAUAAAAUUUUCGCUUUUCAGCCAAUUGAACUGUUAACGCUUAAUUUCCUUACAGCAUUACACUAACACAUACACUAAUAAUAUAUAUGUAUUUAUGACAGUAAAAAUCCUUACUUUUCAGCAGAUAAUGGCACAUACUUAUGUACAUACAUGUAUGUACAUAUGUGUAUACAAGAUUAUUAUUUUUCUUUGCAGCAUGCGAUUUUACGGGAAGGCCUCUUUGUUGCUGAAAAGCACGAAAAUCACUAAUAUUUAAAAUAACUUUCUUUUCAGCGUUUUUUCUAGAAAUUAUGAAUAAUUUUUUUUAGGAAUUUUUAGGACAGACAGCAUUAUUAACAUAUUGACAAUUUAAUAUACAAUCAUAAUAGUUAUAUAUUUUCAGAGUUUCGCUUGUGAAAUCGCCUCGAAAUUUAACACUUAAUCGAAAUAUUACUUUUCAGCUUCAUUUUAGAACAAAUUCAUGCACUUUAACACUUUGUCUUUACAACAGCAAGCAACUACUAAGGACGACUUAUUCUUCAUACGAGGCUGUUUUGAUGCUUUCAUUAGCAGCAUUUUUUACGUGACGGGCACCAAACCCAUUGCACAACUCUGGAGAGGGAUGUUACGCCUUCUGACUUUAGCUCGCCUUCAAAUGGAUAUUUUUUAGCUUCCCAGAGGAUACUUGGUUUAAGACCGGAAAUCAUGAGCCGCUUGAGCCAUAUGUAAAAGAAACGUUUCUGGCCACUCCCAAGGGUAUAGCGUUUAGAGAACUUUCCUCACUUGCCUGAACUUCUGCACUUGGCCCGAUACUCCAUAGGACUAUUACCAGAAGCUAUUUAAUCCAGCGAACAUCUUUUACGAACUGAAUGCAACUGCCUCGACAAGCCGAAAACACGAAUUCCUUUUGCUCUUAUAUAUAACAAGGCAGAAAUCGUUCCUAAAAUAAUUUUGAGAAAUGCUGCCGAGUUUACAGUCUUUGGACGUAUAAAAAUCCGGCUCACUUCCGGUUACGUAGACCCAAAAGUCAUGAGAACGAACAUGGUUUCCUGCAAACUUUAGACUAGCCAGUUACCGCCUUUAAUGCCGCUACAAAUAAUUUAAUACAAAACUAUAA